CUCCUUGUUAUAAACAGGAAAGCACAGAGUAGGGAGCUGAAGACCCACAUUCACGAACACCCGCUCCCCGCCAGCUGCCACCCCCCCCCCCAUGGUGUGCCCUGCUAGCAACCUUGGCCAGACCAGAAAGGCCUUCCCCCCACUUUCCAGGGAGAGUUGCUUUGCAAUCUUCAGGGCCGCUAGGGGCCAGGUGCAUUGUCCAUUUACAGUUGCUCCGAGUUGUCUGCUCUCCCCCUCCAGAAAGGCUGGCUCCUGGGGUCCAUCCCUUUUCUCAGUCUCCUCAGCCCUGUUAGGUGGGCCACCUGGCAGUCCCUUAGCAAGCGCUCGUCUCCGUGGGGGGUGUCUAGUGUCUUCCCAGCUCCCCCAAAGGCAGAGAAGGGUGCUAUCUCCACACUGCCUGCUAAGCUGGGGGAGAAAAAAGAUCUGUAAUGGAAGGGCUCCCCGAGACCAGCAUAAAACGUACCCGCUGGCUUCCCCACCCCCACCCCCAGCCCUCCUUCCUGGCCUAGCAGACCCAGCUUGGGGAGAGCCACCCGUCCGUCCCUCCACAUCCUGCCUUGCUGACUGUGCUUACAGCGUCAAGGGGUGGACGUGGUAUUUCAAACAUCAGAUCAGUGCGUUUAUAUAUUGGGUGCCCGGAAAUUUUUCCAAAUAAACACAGCUUGAUUCAACUUGGGUGGGCGGACUUAUCAACAGACUAAUUCUAUAAACAAAUGAGGAAUAGCCCCGAAACCGAUUGGCUGGUAUCAAAAAGACACGUGGAGGGAAGAGCUGGGAGAUUUUCAGCAAUGAAAUUUUAAUUAAUGUGGGUGGGCUGAGAACACAAGGACUGUUUAUCAUAGACAAUUUAUUUUCCAGCGCUAAGUCAACACAUAAUAGCAAACUUACAACAAUUAUUUAACAUUUUUAAAGCCAUGAAGAAGGGACAGAGAGCGCAGCGGCUGGGGAGAGCGGCAGAUCGCGAGGCAGCCGCGCCGAGGGCUCCCCAGGAGGGCCGCGGCGCCCGGAGAAGUCCCUAGGCCUCCCCCAGCGGAGCGCGGAGGCUGCCGUCGCCAUGAGCCACCUCUUCGGUCCCCCGCUGGCCGCCCUGGCGGCCUCGCCGCUGCUCUACGUGUACAGCCCCGAGAGGCCCGGGCUGCCCCUGGCCUUCGCCCCCACCGCCGCGCUGGCCGGCCCGGGGCGCGCGGAGCCCCCGCAGAAGCCUCCCUACAGCUACAUCGCGCUCAUCGCCAUGGCCAUCCAGGACGCUCCCGAGCAGAGGGUCACCCUGAACGGCAUCUACCAGUUCAUCAUGGACCGCUUCCCCUUCUACCACGACAACCGCCAGGGCUGGCAGAACAGCAUCCGCCACAACCUGUCGCUCAACGAGUGCUUCGUCAAGGUGCCGCGCGAGAAGGGGCGGCCGGGCAAGGGCAGCUACUGGACGCUGGAUCCUCGCUGCUUGGACAUGUUCGAGAACGGCAAUUAUCGGCGUCGGAAGAGGAAGCCCAAGGCCGCCGCGGGAUCCCCGGAGGCCAAGCGCACCCAGGUCGAGCCGCCGGAGUCAGUGAUGGGCUGCGACACAGCGUGCCCCGGCCUGGCCACUGCCCGCCCUCCGCGCGCUCCGGAUCGCGCUCAGUCCCCGGCGGGAGGCACCGUGCGGCCCGCGCUCCCUCCCCGGUCCGGCCCAGAGCCCCGGGACCCCGACUCGGACCACACAGUCCAGGGCGCAGGGGCAGUGGCCAGCGGUCAGCGCGAGCGCGCGGUACCCCGCCCGGGCUCCCCUCUGCGCCCCGCCCCCAGCGGCUCCCCCAAGGGGGCCAAGACCAAGAGCUUCAGCAUCGAGAGCAUCUUGGCUGGGAGGCCAAAGCCGGUCUCAGAGGCGGAGGCCCCGGGGCGCCCCAAGCCCGUGCCCGGGGCGCUGGCCGCCUCGCUGCUGGCCUCCUCCUCCGGCCUGCCGCCUCCCUUCAACGCUUCGCUGGUGUUCGACCCUCACGUCCAGGGCGGCUUUUCCCAGCUGGGAAUCCCCUUCCUUUCCUAUUUCCCUCUGCAGGUCCCGGAGGCCGCGGUGCUCCGCUUCCAGUAAGGCGGAUCAGCCGCCUCUAAGCCCCGCGCGGUAACCCCACCUCCAGCGAGCCAAGGCCGCUAGCCCGUGGGCGAAGGAGUCUCCUCGCGGCUCUGCCCCGGCGGCUGUGGGUUUGGAGCAGCGUGCCCACGCCUGCGAAACUCUGGGCACUGGGGGCUUUCUCUGAGGACGACGUAACUGGCCACUGGGACCUUUGCAGAUUUAGGAGAGCGGUCGGGGGAGGACGCGGUCACUGCACACUCAGCGCUCACAAUUCAUUCCCCGAAGGCCCUCCCCCGUUGGCCUUGGCUUUGUACUGUGGCCCACCACAGGUCUUCCCUGGAACCCGAGUCUCCUGCUGACCCGGAGGGCAGGACUUCCAGACUUAGCGAACUAAGUGGAGGUUCAGCUGCACCAUGGAAGGCUCAGCUUAUGGCCCAGGCCUUGGCUUCAGGACGCCGGGGGUGACCUGUGGCUCCCGGGGUCUGGGGGAGAUGUAGGCCUGGUUAACGUUUACAACGAACGUUGAGAGGAAGCAGGCAGAGCGGCAGCGUUCCCCGUGAACAGAUAAACUUUCUUCUAGACAGCAAAGGGCUCAUUUAUUCUUGGCUUAUAAACCAGGCUCCUCUCACUAUGGCUAACAGCUCCUUUCAAGGCACCCCGUGUGGGCCAUGCACCCGGCCUAACGGUGGCACAUCAAUGCAUUACCCAGCUUCCGCUUUUCUUUUUAUUGGACCAAAAGAGUUCAGGGGACAAAGGAGGGGGUGUGUGUGUAAAGAAAAUGAAUACUCCCAAGGUCAGAAAUUUUCUUUCUGUAGCUUUUCAAGAUCUAAGGUUUUGGGUUUUUUUCCCCCUCACGUUUUCCAGAUUCACAUGGUAAAGGACUCCAUGUAACCAGAAGGGCUGGGGGAGUGCGGACGGAAGUGCCUCUGCGGAUGGCACAGUCCCCAGGCUUGGUAGGGGCGCUCUCCACACACAGCCGGAGGUACCCCAAGUCAGUACUCCCUCCCUUCCCCUCCAGGGAGCUCUGGAUCACCAGAGGGGGGGGCGGGGCACCAACAAAAAUCUGAUUAAGUUGGUCACAGUUCAGCCCAGCUUCCAACUUAGGGAGAAACAGUGUGCCAGUGUUUAGAAAGGAAGGGGAGUAAGAAAAGUGCAAAAUGAAGAAUUCUUGGGUGUAGGCCCAGAGUGAAGUCUCACAACAGCUGAGGCGUGCACAUCUGUAAUUUCAGUACUUAAGAGGCAGAGGCAGGAGGAUUGCUGUGAGUUUAAGGCCAGCCUGUGCUAGAGCUGUCUCAAACCAAGGAACAAAACAACCAAACAAGCGCUUCCCAGGAUUUGUGCAAAGAAUGCUUAAGAACUGUCAAGUCCCCUGCUGGUCGAUGCCGGGAAAGCUGGGCGGAUGUGAUACUAUUCUGUUUUACAGCCCAAUCCAGGUCCCUCCCGCAGGGUCUGUGGGGAGGUGGGGGAGAAUGCACAGUGGCCUUAGACUUCAUGAGGACCCAGAUGGCUGUGACCGGGAGUAGGGCAGCAGGCGGGCUGCCAUUGGAUGUUUCCCAUGUGCUCGUCUCUGAAUAAAGGUUGUUUUUUCAUUAACCUC